CGCCGCAAAGCGCCGCCGCGCCACACCGCCGUAAAGCGCCGCGCCGCCGCAAAGCGGCACGGCGCUGCCGCAAAGCCCGGCCCGGCAGCGCCGUGACGGGAACGGAGCCGCCGGGGGGACCGGGGCCACAGCGGGGGCUGGGACAGCACUGCCGAGGGGAGAGACUGCGGCACCUGCGCCUGGCCCGUGUGCGGGGAGCUCCUCCGUUCAGAGAGGUAUCUGCAAGGGGUGCCAAUAGGGCGGUGCCGGACUCUCUUCAGUGGUUGCCCAGUGACAGGAUGAGGAGUAAUGACCGUGGACAAAACCACCACGAAUUUCACCGCAACGUGAGAAAAACUCUUUGACAUGAGUGUGGCAGAGCGCCGGGACAGACUUGUGCAGGGAGGGCGCGGAAUGUCCCUCUCUGGAGAAAUGCCAACCUCAGCCGGACCCUCCUGUGUCACCUGCUCCAGGUGACCCUGCCCUGGCCGGGGUGAGACCGGGCGAUCUCCACCGGGCGAACUCCACCAGGCACUGCCAACCAGAGAUUCCGGAAUGUCCUUUUGAACAACGUCAUUACUCAGAGGGUGGUGCGGCGCUGACACAGGGCGCCCGGAGAAGCUGUGGCCGCCCCGUUCCGGGAAGUGUUCGAGGCGGGGUUGGACGGGGCUGCAGCAGCCCGGGCUGGCGGGAGGCGCUGUGGGAUCAUCCCCUCCCCGCCCGGACCGCGGCACGGCUCCGCCGCCACGCUGCCGUAAAGCGCGCCCUCGGGCCGGCCGUCGGUCGGCCUCCGCGCUGCCGUGCGGCGAGGCAGCUGUCGCGCAGGCGGCGCGAUGUGGCGGGGCGCGGGCGCGGCGCUGCUGUGCCUGGCCGCCGCCUGCCUGCUGCGCCGCGGGUUCGAGCCCCGCGCCCGCCUGCUCCGCGCCGCCGAGCUGCGCCGCUACCGGGGGGCGCCGGGCCAGCCCGGGCUCUACCUCGCCCUGCUGGGACGGGUCUUCGAUGUGGAGCGGGGCCGCAAGCACUACGGGCCCGGCGGCGCCUACAGCGGGUUCGCAGGCAGGGAUGCCACCAGAGCGUUUGCCAGCGGCGACUUCAGCCCGGCGGGGCUGGUGGACACGGUGUCGGGGCUGUCACCCGCGGAGCUGCUCUCCAUCCACAGCUGGCUGAGCUUCUACAGCGACAACUACGAGCCCGUGGGGAAGCUGGUGGGCAGAUUCUAUGAUGAAAAUGGGGCACCGACAGAAGCCCUGAGGGAGGUGGAGGCUGCCAUUGAGGAAGCUCUCAGAUUGCAAGCAGAAAGUGACCAGAAGAAGCAGCAGUUCCCACCCUGCAACUCUGAGUGGAGCUCUGCUAAAGGCACCCGCUUCUGGUGCUCCAGAGACAGCGGGGGCGUGCCCAGAGCCUGGGCCGGGGUCCCGCGGCGGCUGCACCGCCCCGGCUCGCCGGGCACUCCCUGCGUGUGUGUCAGGAGCUCCGGGCCGCCCUGGGGACAGCCGGGCUCCUCCCAGCACAGCGACAGAGGCGACCUGGAUGACCCGCGGCUGCGGCAGUUCGAGGGCUGCCAUCCCCUGGCCGAGCAGUGUGUCCUCCUCACGGGCUGAUGCAGGGCAGGGAGAGCCCUGCACCGAAACCUUGCUCUGUGGGUGGGCAGCUCCAGCUCCAUCCCUUCCACCCGUCCGUGCAAAGGGAGCAGUAACAAACUCGUGGUGUUUGUGAUGCUUUUGAACAGAUGGAGAUGGAGAAGACACUUCAGUCAGUGGCUAGAAAAUCAAGUAACAGGAUGCUUUCUUUAUAUCUAUGGGAAAUAUUUCUGCACCUGGGAACAAACUGUAAGAUGCACAGCCUGAGCUGUGUUUUAGAACUGCUUCAGUGCAGUCAGGAGCUGGGUGUUUGUGUGCACAGCGCUGGGACACUGAGCUGUGGUUUAAGGCAGCGAGGUAAGUGAGCACAGGAACUGCUGCAGCAUCACUGCCACAGGGCAUGCAGGCCUCGGGCCCUGCUGCAGGCAGUGCUGAUGCUCCUUCCCAGGCACCUGACUCACCCCCAGGAGUUUAAAGGUAGCAGGGAGAACCCUGAAUUUCUUCUGCAAUUGAGGUCCACAGUAUCAGGAACUUGCACGGUUUAGUUACACACAAGCUUUAUCAAAUUCUUGGAGUAGAGAAGGCAAAGGCCAGAGCUGCAUUUCCUCACUCAGUAUUUGCAUUAGAUGCUGUGCCAAGGUAUUGAAGCCACCUGUGAGGAUUGGUGUUUGCUACUAACCUCACUGUCCUGCUCUAUGAUUCACCACUUUCAAACUGUUCUGAUCAGGAAGGAGCAGUUUUAAAUAGCUUUUUUUGUUGCCUGGGUGGCAACAGAACCAUCCUACUGUAAUCUGCCUCCUGUUUCCAUUCUGGUAUAAGACUUCCUCCCAUCUGGUCUGUGCCUGUUAGACUAUAAGCUGAGCUGGAUGUGCCCUUACAAGACCCAGCACUCUUAAAAUCCGUAUUUGCUGUGUCACAGCUGGCAGAACUCAGCAAUGUGAGAGGCUCCCAGAAAGGCAGGGCAGGUCAUUGCCCUCUCUGGGUGGGGCUAAAAGGGAGGAAGCAAUACCUGCACUACAAACCUCAAGCUGCAGGGAAGCAGUUGCUGGUUUAAUCUACUAGUUGCUGGUGGAAUCUACUGUUAAAAUCAGUUUUGGUGGAGCUGAGCUUUGAGAGAGACAUGCAGAUCAGGGUCCAGUGGUGGCACAGGUUGUGGUCAGUUCUUCUCCUUCAGGCAGCUGCCACCUACGUGUAAGCAGCUGGAAGGUGUUUAUAAAGUGAUUUUUAGCUACCACCAUCUCUAAAUAGAGGCCCGAGAUCGGAGUGAUGAGUUGGGUAAUUAGCAAGUUUACAGGCAGCACCGUUCCCUCCCUUGCAGCAGGACACAUUACAGCCCUUCUCCCUGGUAAAACUCGGAGGAUGCUACAGCUGCCAGGGGUGGAGCCACACAAACCUAAAGCUGCACAUGCUUGUACCAGUGGGGGCACGGGGGUUGUGGUUUUAUUUCUGGGGUUUUUUACCUGUCUAAAUCCUGAAGAGAAGCCCUUGCAGGCAUUGCCCUGCUGUGCCAGCUCGCGGCACUCACGGGGAGCAGGAUGUGUGGUGAACCACACCUCAGCCCUGGGCUGGAGCCAUCUCUGGGGGUGGAGUGAGAACUCAUUUGACGCAGUGCUGAAGAUCAAGCUGAGUAAAAGGUGCAGGAAAGAGCUGCAAAGCAGCACUUCACUGCCUCCACAACUUUGGCCUUUGCCAUAUUUAAAAAGACCACCACUUGAAAAAGAAACUGCAUUUAAAGUAGUGAAACCACCCCCCCAAAUGAUUUGCACUGCCAUUAAAAGAGUUUAUUGAAGCUAUUUAAAAGUUGCAGCAAAUUCCAGACCAUUAACUGCUGUAAGAAGUAGUUUGUGAGGGCAAACCCGUCCCAGAGAAGAUGGACCAGCUUGACCUUCUAAGCAAGUUUCAUCUUGCUGUAACACUCAAUCACUAUGCAAAUAGUGCUGAGGGGAUGGUUUUGAUGGCAAGAGCUACACAAAAAUCAAAUAAACUGCUGCAAAAGGGCAGGGCAGGCAGGUGUUGGCUUAAGUUAAAGUUGGUUGAAAACCAGUUCGCAGCUUAUUCCUCAGUUCAGGCUUUGAAACACUGGGAAGAGUUUGCCUUGCACUAGGAAUAAGUUACCCAUUAAAGCAAACAAGGAGACAGCCUCACUGACCUGAAGUGCUCCAAGACUAUCGUGUGCUUGUAUCUCCAAUUGAGCAGCUCAGCUGGAUUCUCCCAGGGUAGAAAAGGGUGUGAAGAAAACAGUGACAGCUACAGCGGGCUCCAGUCACCACAGACAGUGCUCUAAUAAAGCUCACCAUUCAUCUGUACUUCAGUAAGUUUUAUUAAUAAAAGACUAAUGCAUCACAAUCUCA